AUGGCAAGGAACUUGGACAUGUUCUCUUUCUUACCAGACUCUCUUCUUUUCAUCAUCAUUUCCUUGCUUCCCUACAAGGAAGCGGCAAGGACUUCAAUCCUCUCGAAACGGUGGUUGGAGGCAUGGCGUGAUUCAACCAAGGUCAUAGAGUUCAACGAACUUUUCUUCGUGAAACCCGGUGAAUCGGAUGAAUCCAAAGAAGCUCAGAGAAGGGCUUUCCUCAACUUCAUCACACACUGGAUCUCAAACUACACAAACCAAGUUGUGGACAAGUUCUCUCUCAAGGUUUCUGACCCUGAGAGUUGCCAUGAAAUCAUAGAACGUUGUGUGGCUUUCGCGGCACAGCGUGGGGUGAAAGAAUUGAGACUUGAUUUCUCUGAUCCAAACUGGAAAGAGGAUAACUGGGAUGAUCAUAGUGCUUUGAUGCAGUUGCCACAACAUGUCUAUGAACUUGGAUCAUCAUCACUUGAGUCUUUGAAAUUGUAUUCAUGCAGUUUUUCCAUGCCUAAUAUCCUCAACUUUAAAACCAUGCCUAAUAUCCUCAACUUUCGGUCGCUAAAAGAGAUUUCUUUGGGCUGGAUUGAAAUUAGCGAAACCACUCUUAAGAUUUUGCUACACACUUGUAAGAUGCUUGAGAAUUUAAGUCUGAAGAAGUGCGGGAAAUUGGAAAGCUUUGACAUGGGUGAGGAAGAGGUUGGGUUGAAAAGAUUAGUGAUCGACAAGUGUUGGUUAGAACUUGAAUGCAUCCUUUUAAUCGCACCAAAUCUUGAGUUCUUCAAGUAUUCUGGACGUGUAUGGAAUUCAGACAUCAACGUAAACCCAGAUGUCAUGGAAGAGGCAGAAAUUGAUUUUCCCUUUGAGUUUGAGCCUGAAUUCAUUGAAUAUGGCGUUGAACUUAGCACCAUAUUGAGCGAUCUCUACCCUGUCAAGGUUCUAACAGUGUGUAGUUUAUUACUUCAGAAAGACAUUGCUCAAUCACUUCUUACUUGUAAACGUGUGUUUCUUGUUAUGAAUGGAAAACUAAAGGUCAUUCCAUCCGGAGUAGAAUCGUUGCGCAGACAAUGUGACUUGAAUGAUUAUGAACCUCCUUACAAUGUCAACCUUAAGAGAUAUUGGGAAGAGCUCACUAUAACUCCUCCAUGCUUGAGAAAAACUUUGAAGGUGGUGGAGAUAAAGGGUUGUGCAGGGAGUUCAGAUGAAGUUAGGGCUUGUCUUUAUUUGAUUGGAGUUGGAAGUGUUUUGGAAGAGAUGAAUGUCAAUGUGAUGAAGGAUGAACAAGAGGAAACACGUCGUGAAGUUAUGGCAAGAUAUUUACCUGGCUUUCCAAGGGCUUCAGAGAAUUUAAAAAUAUCAAUUGCGUGA